GGAGCCUCCGGUGGCGACAGCUUCUGGGUCGUCUUCUUCCUCGUGGACCAGGUCGAACAGCUGAAAGCUCGCGUCCUCGGCGGCUUCUGGGUUUCCCGGUGGGUCUUCGGACUCCAGGCCACCUGAGGGAAUCCCUGAGGAUCUGCGGCUAGAAAUCACCCGGUAGCGACCCUCCUGCCGGUUCUCCCGAGCCGAAGCGCGGAGGUCGCGGCGGAUACGCUGCUGGCUGCCCCGGGAAGGGCGCAGGGCGGCUCGAACGAGCGCCUGGACCGGCUCCUCCUGUAGGAGAGGUCGUAGGGGAGGGAAGCCGGCGUGAGCAGGUUCGUGCAGAAAUCAGAGAUACAAUUUCGCCCCGGCAGCGCCCUAAGAUCCCUUCAAACACUGGCUCCAUCCCGCCCAAUACCUGGGAGCGCACGGUGGCCACCAAUUGGAAGACAUUAUUCUCCGGCCCUCUCUCAAGAUCCUCGGGGACUGUCUUUUGGGCCGUCGACUCGACUGCGCUGCUCCGAAGGCGUUUGCAGGAGAGGACAAGGGCUUCGGCCGGCUCUGCGCUGCGCUUCCGCUUCACGCGAAGAACCGCGGUCCUGCCGGCCUCCAUAGCGGCAUUCGCGGAGCACUGUGGGAACGCGCGGGGUGCGACGGGAGAGCCUUCAAGUUCCGCUUCCGGGACUCGCUGCCGGCACGCUCGGCGGGCGCUGGGAGGUCCCGCCCCUUUUGCCAGCCUCGUCCAGGUGGAGGUGGCUGCGGAAGUGAACGCGACGGUUCCCGCGGAGGCCUCCGGUUUCCUCUGCUUUAUUUCUCUCCUCACUUGCCUUUACCUUGAGGCUGCACCCAGAUGCACCUGUGGGGCUCAUUUGAUUCUCCCACCCCUUGGAAUCACUGAGGACUGCUGCAGUUUCCAGAUAGCUUCAUGAACUUACAUAUUACAGUUUUUGAUGUUCUAUGCUGAAUGUAAAAUCGAAACUCUUGCUGGAAAGAUUAAAAUACUGAUUAAUAUUUUCAGUGGCUUUGACACAAGUGGCUAUUUCUUGAUUUUUUUUUUGUCUUAAUUUUUUUUUUUUCUCUACAAUUUGGGCAUUAUGGUGUGAAUAGAUUUCUGACGAUUAGAUCUGUCCACAAGAAGUAAUCUGGCAAGGCUGCUUUUCUGUGCUAAAACUGAAGAGCUGACUGGCAUCAUGAAAGUCUUCUGCGGGCGGGCCAAUCCGACCACGGGAUCUGUGGAGUGGCUGGAGGAGGAUGAGCACUAUGAUUACCACCAGGAGAUUGCAAGAUCAUCCUAUGCUGAUAUGCUGCAUGACAAAGACAGAAAUAUAAAAUAUUAUCAAGGUAUCCGGUCUGCUGUGAGCAGGAUGAAGGCCAGAGGACAGAAGGCCUUGGUUCUUGACAUUGGCACUGGCACAGGACUCUUGUCAAUGAUGGCGGUCACGGCAGGGGCUGACUUCUGCUAUGCCAUUGAGGUUUUUAAGCCUAUGGCUGAUGCUGCUGUGAAGAUUGUAGAGAAAAAUGGCUUCAGUGAUAAAAUUAAGAUUAUCAACAAGCAUUCCACUGAGGUGACCGUAGGGCCAGAUGGUGACAUGCCAUGCCGUGCCAAUAUCCUGAUCACGGAGCUGUUUGACACAGAACUGAUUGGAGAGGGAGCACUGCCCUCCUAUGAGCAUGCGCACAGACACCUUGUGCAGGAAAACUGUGAAGCAGUGCCUCACAGAGCAACUGUCUACGCUCAGCUGGUGGAGUCCAGGAGGAUGUGGUCAUGGAAUAGGCUCUUUCCUGUCCAUGUCCAGACCAUCCAUGGAGAGCAGGUCAUAGUUCCGCCCUUGGAGCUGGAGAGGUGCCCUGGUGCACCCUCUGUCUAUGACAUUCAACUGAACCAGGUGUCAUCCACUGACUUCACCGUCCUCAGUGAUGUGCUUCCUAUGUUCAGUGUGGACUUUAGCAAGCAAGUCAGUAGCUCUGCAGCCUGCCACAGCCGGCAGUUUGAACCCCUGGCAUCUGGCCGAGCUCAGGUGGUUCUCUCCUGGUGGGAUAUUGAAAUGGACCCCGAGGGGAAGAUCAAGUGCACUAUGGCCCCCUUCUGGGCACACUCAGACCCAGAGGAGCUCCAGUGGCGGGACCACUGGAUGCAGUGUGUGUACUUCCUGCCACAAGAAGAGCCCGUUGUCCAAGGCUCAAGCCUCUGCCUGGUAGCCCACCACGAUGACUAUUGUGUAUGGUACAGCCUCCAGAGGACCAGUGCUGAAAAGAAUGGGGGAGUUUACCCAGCACGCCCUGUGUGCGACUGCCAAGCUCACCUGCUCUGGAACCGGCCUCGGUUUGGAGAGAUCAAUGAUCAGGACAGAACUGAUCAGUAUGUCCAGGCCCUGAGAACGAUGCUGAAGCCAGACAGUGUGUGCCUGUGCGUCAGUGAUGGCAGCCUGCUCUCCUUGCUGGCCCAUCACCUUGGGGCAGAGCAGGUGUUUACAAUAGAGAGCUCAGCAGCUUCGCACAGACUGAUGAAAAAAAUUUUCAAGGCUAACCACCUGGAAGAUAAAAUUAAUAUAAUAGAGAAACGGCCUGAGUUGUUAACAUCUGCAGACUUGGAAGGUAAAAAGGUAUCUCUUCUCCUGGGCGAGCCGUUCUUCACCACUAGCCUGCUGCCAUGGCACAACCUGUACUUCUGGUAUGUGCGGACUGCUGUGGACCAGCAUCUGGGACCUGGUGCAGUGGUGAUGCCCCAGGCUGCCUCGCUGUAUGCUGUGGUUGUGGAGUUCAGGGACCUGUGGCGGAUCCGGAGUCCCUGUGGUGACUGCGAAGGCUUUGAUGUGCACAUCAUGGAUGACAUGAUUAAGCGUGCCCUGGACUUCAGGGAGAGCAAGGAGGCCGAGCCCCACCCGCUGUGGGAGUACCCCUGCCGCAGCUUGUCUGAGCCUCAACACAUCCUGACCUUCGAUUUCCGGCAACUGGUCCCCCCGCACCCGCUCCGUGCUGAGGGCUCCAUCAACCUGAGGAGGCCUGGGAGGAGCCAUGGGGCCGUCCUGUGGAUGGAAUACCACCUGACUCCGGACAGCACUGUCAGCACCGGCCUCCUGAAGCCUGCCGAGGACAAGGGGGAUUACUGUUGCUGGAACCCCCACUGCAAGCAGGCUGUGUACUUCUUCACCACACCAGACUGCAGAGCGUCGCUGAGUGGCUCCCGGACUGUCGGCUACACCGUGGAGUUCCACCCCCACACCGGAGACAUCACCAUGGAUUUCACCCUGGCUGAUGGGUGCUGACCCUCACUUGUUGAAAAAUAAAGUGGCCCUAGGGCUCUGGGCUCUGAA